AUGGCUGAUUUGUUCCGAAAAUCCAAGAAAAAGGUGCAAACGAGGAAAGUUAUCAAUGACGACGACGCUGCAAAUGAAGGUAAAUCAAAGAGCUGAGAAAGUGUACUUGACUGUUUGGAAAGCUUUAGAAGAAUCCACGCGCGUGGCGGACAUCCGAGACCUCCAAAGAUCCAGAGAGCGGAAAAACGGACUGACAGAGCUCGAGUGCGCCGUCGGGAUCUCGAAAGCCGCGGCACUGGAAGGCGGAAUUCAGAUGGCGGGAGGCGGAAUGGUGAUGACGAGCAAGAAGAAGGCGGCGAUGGAAGCGGCGAGCAUUGAGCAGGGACUCCGCGAGCAGUUCGAGAAGGAGACGAUGCUCAGAGACGAACACGAAGAACUGAGGAAAUACAUCGACGACGGGAUUGUGCACUUAAAAAAUGACGACGCAAAACCGCAGAAACAACAAACGAUGUCCGCCAAAUUCUCGUCUUUGAACGCGGAAGAUCGGGAAGUGGAACUGCUGAAGCAGGCGGCUGGGAAGGUGAAGGCAAAUCAGAGCAAAAAGGAAACCGAACUGCUUUCGGAGCACAUGCUCGCAGGAAUUCCGGAGGUCGAUCUCGGCAUAAGGUUUCUUUUAAAACCACAAAUCUUUCUAAAACUUCUAUUUCAGCACUCGCAUCACGAAUAUUCUGGAAACGGAAAAGAAGAAGAGAUUCUUGCUGGAGAAGUCGGCGGCUCUCGCAGCAGGAUUGCCUCCGCCAGUCGAAGAAAGCGAAGAACCGAAGCACAAAUAUCGCAGACGAAACAAUCAGCGCCAAUAA